CGAGCAGGAUUAACCGAACACCACCUGACCAAAAAUCAGUCUCAGGCGCGCUUUGGACGCUGAAGCCUUCAUGGCAGCGACCAAAGUACGAGGGCUGGUGGCUUCGCUAAACUCGACGGGACGCUUCAAAUACAAGAGUCCAGAUGCAGUGGUAGAUUUCCUGGUCGUGGGCGGAGGCUUGGCUGUUGCCCAGCGACUAUCCGAGCGCUUUCCGACGAAAUCAACAUACUUAGUUGAGAGACAUCCACACGCUGGCGAAGAGACGAGCUCUCGUAACUCAGAAGUCGUACACGCUGGACUUUACUAUCCUCCAGAAUCACUUAAGACGCAGCUAUGUUUGCGAGGCAGGCACCUCAUGUACGAGCGGUGCGACAAAUACAACAUCCCGUACAAAAAGACCGGCAAACUCGUGGUAGCACGCGAGCACCAGCGUGCAUACGUCGAGAGCCUCUUCGCAAAGGCCAGACAACUAUCAUGGCCCAAGCACUCGCCGCCUCAUGGAGCCGAAGACCAAGUGCUUCCUGUCUCGCUCAUAAGCGGUGCGCAAGCAUGCGAACUUGAGCCAGAUCUCUCGCCGGACAUAACUGCUGCGUUAUGGAGUCCAGAGACAGGCAUUGUCGAUUCCCACUCCUUCAUGGAGAGUCUGGAAAGGGAUAUAUUAGAAUCGGAGGGAGGCGAGUUGGUAUUUUCUACUCGAGUCGUCCGUGUAGAUCCGUACAAGAGCAAAGAGACCUCUAUGCUUAGCUCAGAAGAGGGCUGGGUAGUUCAGACUGUCACCGAGAAUGCCGAGCAAGGAGAUUCCCUACUCGCUCGCACCCUAAUCAACGCGUCUGGCCUUUCCGCCAAUCUCAUUCCAAAUUCUCUGCUGCCCGGGGUAUCACGUAUACCCAUGUUCUUCGGUCGGGGCUCGUACGCGGCUUACAGCGGUCCGGGCAUAUCUCAUAUUAAUCGGCUCAUAUACCCAUGCCCUGAAACUGGGCCCAACAAGCACGCCUUCCAAUCGCUCGGAACGCAUCUGACCCUUGACCUACAAGGUAAAGUGCGGUUUGGGCCAGACCUGGAAUGGAUAUCACCGCCCACUCUGGCGGAUGCAUCAGAAUACGAUUUUAAUGAGGAAAACGCGGAUUUUUGGCGGAAGCAUCUAAAACCCAGCGAUUCUAGGCUAGAAGAGAUGCACAGAGCGGUGACUGAAUACCUACCAGGGGUAUCGUUUGAAGGAUUCAGACCUGACUAUGUCGGAAUCCGUCCCAAGUUGGUGUUGUCUGGAUUCCAAGACUUUACUAUUCGGAAGGAUUAUGCGGAUGGAAGUAAGAGAGGACUUAUGGUCAGCUUGAUGGGUAUUGAGAGCCCUGGCCUGACAUCUAGCCUUGCUAUCGCUGAGCACAUCGUAGAUGAUGUCAUUGAGCCAGAGCAUAUUCAUAUCUCACAGUAGGAUGUGGUAUAUAUAGAAUGACUUGGCUCCGUACAAUUGACCUAAGAACGUGCCUCGCCCCGUGUUAUAACCCUCGGCUCCCAAGCAUUAAUCUUAGGCUUCACCGUGUUAUACGACCGAUAGGCGCCUCUCGUGCCCGUCAGGGUCUCUACCCAGGGCUGUUCUGAAAUUAGACACGAAAGAAACGAAGUGCACGGUAGCUACACACCGCUUUCCAUGGCGGAGUCAUGUUCUGCAUGACAGCAUCCUCCGUAGGUGGUUGUAACCGAAUGUGCGAUAGCCACGAAUGCCAUUCAGGCGGGACCUGAGUAGCAUUGUUGUAAUGCUAGAGACAGU